UUCUUUAUCUAGUCGGUAGGCUCGGUCCACUCCGCCUCUCUCUCUCUCUCUCUUCCUCCUCCGCGCGCCGCCUUACCCCUCUCCUCCUUCCUCGACGCGGCGGCUGCUCCAGAUCUUCUCUUCCCCUCGCGGCGGCGUCUCCCGUCCAAUCCAGUGAACUAUCGGCUCAGUAAAAGGGGAAAAAGGAGGGAUCUUUUCUGGACAUUUGAAGCUUACGGACGACAAGAUGCACCUCCUUGCAUCAUUUCACGGCCCUACAGGUUUUAAGUCUGUAGCUGAUCUGUCGGGAUGGACUCCAAGAAGUUCCUACAGCUGCUUGAAGAGAAAAAGAAGAGAAUCCUUGAGAAGAAAGAAGCCCCACUGAAAUGGGAGCAAAAGCUCGAAGCAGCAGCGAAGGCAAAAGCUGAUGCUGAAGCAAAGGAAAAGAAGCUUAAGUCAAGAAAGCACAGAAGGAGGGGCCAUUCUUCCUCAGACUCUGAAAGUGAUUCCGACAGUGAUGGUGAUCGGAAGCACAGGAAGAGGAAGGACCGCAAAAGGCACAGGAAACACGGUCACUCUGAUUCCGAUGAAGCCAAGAGGCACAAGCGCAGAUCAAAGAGGAGAAGCUCAGACUCAAGCGAUGAUACUGAUAGUGAUGAAUAUGAUAGUGGGUCUGAAGAAGAAAAUCGAAGGAAGAAGCGCUCACACAGGAGAAAGCAUCGCCGACAUUCAUCAAGGUCUGAUUCUGAUGCUUCAGACUAUAGCAGCGAUGAUGAAGAGAGGAGAUCUUCCAAGAAGGACCAUUCCAGUUCCAGGAGUCACAGGCACCACCACCACCGAUCAUCUGGUGAUGACUCAGGGUCUGAGUCUGAGGAGAGGGGCAGGUCAAGACAUAAGAAACAUCAUAGAUCAAGCGAUGAGGAUGCAACAUCAGAUUCCAACAACCAUAAGCACCGUAGGAGUCGCUCCCUGGAGGAGUCAUCCGAUGAUGCAGCUGCCGGUGAAUAUGAAAAGGUGAGAAAUGGUAAAAGGCCUCACAAGACCGGACACCAUCGUCACCACCACCGCCACCACCAUCACCAUCAUGAUCACCGUAGCUCUUCUGAACCUAAUGACAAGAAGCGGCAAGAUGGCCAGAAAGCCCUUGAAGGUGGCAACGUUGAUUAAACUCCAGCGGCACUAGUUGAAUUGGUUUUUGGCGCGUGAAAAGAAUUUUAGUUGUCUUAUCUUUUAUGUUGGUCACUCUUUAUUCCAACGUUGUGGAUUCUGACGUUGUACUGAUACAAAGUCGGUUCGGUGAUUGUGACUUUUAUGUCUCGUCGUUUCUUCGUUUCAUCUGUGUUGGCUAAUUUGAACUUCAGUCGGUGGUUCGAAUUGUUCUAUUGACUGCUCAAAAAAUGAGAACUAAAGAUGCUUUCUGCUUA